AUGAGCAUUGAUGUGUUUGGACAUCCCUUGUCACGGCCUCUUGCAAGUCGUGGACUUCUUGGACCUUCUGUUACAACUUCUUCAAGAUCAGCUAUUGAUGACUUGACUAUUCUUAUUCAAUCUAUUGAAGAAAGAAUUAACGAAAAACUUAAGCAGAUUGAAACUGAGUUACAACUUGAACUACCUCUUCAAAACGCUAAAUAUAUCGCUAAGUUGGAUUCACGUUUAACCCAUCUUAAAAAUGGACGCUUGCAAGGCAAUUAUAAAUGGAUUAAUCUUUUACCAACUCUCAUGAUAAAGUACAAUAAUAAAAAGAAUCGUGCUAUUGGUAUGAAACCCAAAGAUGUCACCGUAGAAGAUACAAGAGAACUGUUGAGACGUAUCCGAUAUACUCCCAACUGGACAACAGAAAUAUUCACUGUGGAAAAAGUUAAAUUAACAAAACCAGUUUACAUACAAGCUGAAAGAUUAUCAAAAUCAACCCAUCGAAAGUGGUUUCUACGAAGAAGAAUUGCUGAAAGUCCAAUAUCCAGAUGUUUACCUUGUAGAAAAAGUUUUUAA